AAGAUCAUCACAUUUCAUUAACUGAUUUUUUUUUUUUUUCCUUGAAGAAAGAAAACGAAAAAGAAAAGGAGAUCAAGAUCGACCCAGAACUCGCGGCUCCUAUAUGCAUGAUUCAUUGAUUAUGUCUCGGCCGUGGAGAUCAUGACUGCAAGCUGGUGGAUCAGCUCUUCUCCAUGUAUUUUACCAGCAAAUUCAACGAAGGCUCUCGAUCUAUAUAUACACACACAUAUAUAUAGCUCAUCAGCUUCGGAAUCCUUCAUGUACAUAGUUAUAUAUUGCAUUCCGGCCCGGAAAUAGUGCACACCAAAUGGAAAGAACAGUCACAUGCAGUAGGUGCAAUAAACAGUAUUUAUUGCCCAAGCACUCGGGAAGUAGUAGUAUUCGUUGCAGAGAAUGCAUUAAUGCCGUUACAAGAAUAAGCACAUCGUCAAGUGGCUGCAGCUGCCUAGGAUGGCAUUUCAUACAGAAGAAUAAGCAGAAAUCAAGCAGUAAUGAUACAAGUACUGCAGCCAACCAAAGUUAUCCUUCUUCGCUUGAUAUUAAGCCAUCUCCUUCAGUUUCUUCUGCAGAGGCACCCCGCGGAUCAAGGCCGAAGCGAGCACUUCUUUGUGGGGUUACUCACCGGAAUAAGACAUACAGCCUCAGCGGAACUAUUAAUGAUGUGAGAAACAUGAAAAUUUUGUUGAUUCAACACUUCGGUUUUCCUCGGGAGUGUAUUCGCAUCCUCACAGAAGAAGAUGAAGGAAGUGAUUUUACUCCAACUAAGAAGAAUAUAGAAGACUCUUUAAAAUGGCUUGUGGAUGGUUCAGAGUCUGGAGAUUUACUGGUAUUCUACUACUCUGGACAUGGCUUACGACAACCUGAUUUCACAAACGAAGAGCUCGAUGGGUUUGAUGAAACCAUCUGUCCGGUUGACUUUAUGCAAGAGGGGAUGAUCCUUGAUAACGAGAUACAUUCCACCAUAGUUCGGCCGCUCAAGGAGGGUGUCACACUUCAUGCAAUUGUCGAUGCUUGUCAUAGUGGAACCGUUCUUGAUCUAGACUACAUAUACGACCUACAGAGGAAGGACUGGAAAAACAACAGACCUCCAUCAGAUUUAGCAGAUCACAAAAGUAAUACAAGCGGUGGAUUGGCAAUUUGUCUGAGUGCUUGUGGAGAUGAUCAGAUGACAUCCGAUACCAAUGCUUUCUCCAAAAAGGAAAUGAAUGGUGCAAUGACCUCUAUUUUGCUCCAAAUGGUUGAGAAGGAUUAUGAAAUAACAUACGAAGUUCUCCUCAACAAAAUGCACGACUUUAUUCAACAAGUUAAUAAUAAAAGCGUGAUCCUCAAUUCGAGGUUCUUACAGAGAAUUUUUCAUCGCAAAAAAUUAGAGGAUCCUCAGCUAUCAUCGUCUCAGAAAUUCGAGGUUUCCUUAAAGAAGUUUUUGCAGUAGAUCAUACAUGCAUGGGAGUUUGCCUUCGACAUUGCAACCGUCAAAUUAAACACAGUUAAGGAAUUAUAGCUGUACCUUUUGCCAGUUUUUGUACGUGUGCAGAAUGAGGAAUAUCAUCUAAAUAAUCAAAAUAAGCCGUUUAUAAUUAAUUACUACUCUACCUGGUGUGGAAUACUUCCUGGCCUGCACUCCAUACAUGUAAUAUUUGUUAUGGUUCUUCAAUAAAUCUUAAAUAUGCAACUUGAUUUUGUUCUAAUAAAUACGAUCCUUGACUCGUCGUUAUAUUUCCCAA